GCGGCCGCCGCCGACCUCAGCAUCCCAGAAGCCGGGCGCACGUGGGUCGGGGCGGGGACGCGGCGCCCGGGCUGCAGCCGCGGCAGCCUGCUGGGGGCGGGAAUGGGGCGCCGCGGCGGGGGCUCGGCUGAUGACAUCACGGCCGGGCUGCGGCAGCGCGGGCGCGCGGACAUGGCUGCGGCGGUUUCGGCGGCGGCCGCGGGCUGCGCCCGGGCCUGAGAGCCCAGCGCCCCCCCGCGGGGCCGCCCGCCAGUCCGCGCCGUCCGCAGGUGCAUUGACCGGGAGCCUCUAGCGUCCCGGACACCCGGGGCUUCCGCCUAUCCAGCCUGCCUUGGCCAAAUUGCUGCGGAGCCCAUCGUCAGGGGGCGCCAAGGAGCCAGGGGGAAAACCGUGAGGCGCUGACAGGAGCCUCCCGGCGGUGCUACCCCCCACCUCCCACCUCCCUGCGCCCCGCCCCGAGGUUGGGGCUUUGAAGGAUGCAGCCGGGGAAAGCAUUAACUUUUGAGCUACGUCCAGAAUAGCAUCAUCUUCAUGGGUAUUCCCUACUCCUAGGAUUUCAGAAAACCUUUGAUAACUAAUUGAGAAAAUGCAGAAGAUCUUGCAGACAGAUGAAAUUACCGAUACACAAGCUGUUAGAAAAGGAAAGAGGAAAAGGACAGAGACAAUGGACUCAGAAAAUGCAAAUAGUGACAUGGAUAAAGGACAGAGAGACCCAUAUUCAGGAAAUGCCUUUCUGCCUGGUGAAAGCUCCAGUGAGGAUGAGGAGCCUUUAGCAGAAUUGUCAAAGGAAGAAUUGUGCGCCAAAAUAAAAAGCCUGAAAGAAAAACUAACAAACACCCGGAAAGAGAACGGCCGACUUCGACAGUCUUUGGUCAUGCUUCAAGCUUGGUCCAGAGAGCUGCCUUAGACUCUCCAAUGAAUCUGUUCAAACAGCUGCCUCUGUUACCUUGACUCAUCUCAGAUACAGGUCCUGGCACUAGGAAUCAAAGACUGUCUCUGUUAUUUUGGCUUGCUCCAGGUUAGGGAGAAGCCCAUGCAAGGCUCCUACUGAUCAUGUUUCAUUUCUAGCUUUGAUGUCUAGGCACUGAUUUCCCUAGGUUUAACCAUUUGCUCAAUGUCAAGGCAGUGCUGUGGAAAUCUGUCUGUGUAACUGGAGUGCUACGCAGGCCUGUCUGUGUGACUGUCAUGCAGGCCUGUCUGUGUGAUUGUCAGGGAGAACUGGCCUGCCACAACUUCACUCCAGCCUGGGUGACAGAUAGAGACACCAUCUCUUAAGAAAAGAAAAAAGAAAAAAAAUGGGCAAUCUGAACAGAUAUUUCUCAAUAAGACAUACAAAUGGCCAAUAGGUGUAUGAAAAAAAUGCUCAACAUCACUGAUCACCAGGGAAAUGCAUAUCAAUACCACAGUGAGGUAGCAUCUCACCCCAGGAAGGAUGGCUGUUAUCAAAAAGAUAAAAAAAUAACAAAUUCUGGUGAAGAUGUGGAGAAAAGCGAACUCUUAUACACUGUGUGUGUGAAUGUAAAACAGUACAGCCACUGUGGAGACAGCAUGGUUCACAAUAGAUAACGUAGGGAAUCAACUUAAGUGUCCAAAAACAGAUGAAUAGAUAAAGAAAAUGUGGCAUAUAUACACAGUGGAAUAUUAUUCAUCUGUAAACUGAAUGAAAUCCUGUCAUUUCUGGCAACAGGGAUGAUCAUUAUGUUAAGUGAAAUAAGCCAGGAAUAGAAAGCUAAACACUGCAUGUUCUCAUUUGUAUAUAGAAGCUAAAAAAAAAGGUUAAUCUCGUAAAACUAAAAAGUAGAACAGAGGAUACAAGAGACUGGAAAGGGUAGGGGGAAGGGAGAGGUAGGGAGAGGUUUAUUAAAGCAUACAAAAUUACAGCUAGAUAGGAAGAAUACGUUCUAAUGUUCAAUAUCCCUGUGGGAUUACUAUAGUUAACAAUAGUAUAUAUUUUCAAGUAGCUAGAAGGAGGAUUUUGAAUGUUCCCAACAUAAAGAAACAAUAACUGUUUGUAGUAAUAGAUAUGCUAAUCACCCCGAUCUGAUCAUUAUACAUUAUAUGUAUCAAAACAUCAUUAUUUGCCCUAUUAAUAUGUAUAAUUAAAAUAUUAAAUAAAAUCAAAUUUUAAAAAGUUUUCUAAUAUGGUUCCCUGAAUAGUCCUAAAAACAGGAACUCAAUAGCCAAGAGCACUUCUAGCAAUUAGAUGUGCCCUUGUAAUAUCAUUAACCAUUAAAUGGAACGAUGACUCCUUGGAUAAAUGGCAGACUCCAUGUCUUGCAUACGAAAUGUACAGAAUAAGUCUUGUGAAGAAGCUUAAGCAGGAAAUAUACAGGAACAUCUUGUCAUAUCAGAAAGCAAGGAAGUUAGAACAUGCAGAUGUGUCAACUAGAAGAGCUUCCCACAAGCCAAAGAUGGGACAGUUUGAGCAUCAAUAAGAAUGACAACCACAAGAGAUAAAUACAUAUUGUAUUAAUAUAUGUUUAAAUGCAUGAGUUCAUAGUGGUAUUCAAAAAAGAAAAAAAACGUAAUGAUCAUCUGAAAACAACAAACUCAUAAUUUUGAAAAUUGGCACAUACAAACCAAAAUCAAGCAUGUAUCCUGCCAUUACUAUAUGAAAUGAACUUCUGGGUAACCAAACAGUUGAUAAGAGGAAGUUUCCCUUUGUAGAACUCCAGCUAAUACAUGAAGAAGAAAAUUAUUAGAAUGUCACUAUUUUACAACCCAUCGUGACAUAAUGAAUCUAUGCAGUGAUCAUCCAUAGCUGCUGAGAUGACAAAAAAGCUAGCCAGGCAUUAAAUGCCACCGGAUGGAAGUUAAAAAUACUGCCUGAAUCUGAUCAAACCUUCACAUCUAACUACCAAUCUACAUCAAAUACAGGGAACCAAAGAAUAUGUCAAAUACCACCAAAGGGUGCAAUCACAGCAAAAUCCGACUAUAGGAAAUUCUCCAGGACAAAUGACCCAGUUUCCACAAUUAAUAAAUUGCAAGGGAAACAACUAAGAAGGGAGAGGAAACCUAUAGUUUAUAUGGAAGAGACAGCAACCAAUUGUAACGUAUAGUCCUUACUGGAUCUUGAUUCAAACAAACUGUUAAAAAAUAAGACCAUCAGAGAAAUUUGAAUAUUGACUAGGGUUUUUAAAAAUGAUAUUAAAAAACUAUUGUUAACUAUUUCUGGGUGUAGUAGUGGUGUUAACAGUUAUAUUUUUAAAUACACCUUUUAGAGAUGCCUGCAGAAAUUUUUACAGAUAAAAAUGAGAUGAUGCCUGUGGUUUGCAUCAAAUAAUUUGGGGGACAAAAGGGAUCAGGGUGUAAGUGGAAUGAAACUUGCCAUGAAUUGAAAUGGGAGAAUAUGCUAUUUUUGUUUCUGUUUAAAAUUUUCCAUUAAAAGUUUAAAAAAAUAUAUCCAGGAAAACAACAUACUUGUGCAAAGAUAUUUAAACUCUACAAAAUUAUUGGUGAAUAUUUAACUGAUCUGAGUGAUGAAUGACUUUCUAAGUAUAAAACAAAUGGAAAAUAUACUAAGAAAAGACUGCUACUUUCAACUAAAAUGAAAGUUUAAAUUGUGUGUGUUUAAAAUGUUUUAAAAUUAAAAGAUAAACACUUUGAGAAAAAUAUUUGCAACUCAAGAAAAAUAAAAGGUUAAAAUGCUUAA